UACGGCCGUGUGGAAGCAGCUGGAGGGGAACCUGGCCGGCCCCGCCAUCUUGCUGUACGGCUGGGGAGGGGGUGGCUCGGAGGGAGGCGGAGGCAAGGCCGCCCGUGCGGCCUCCGGAGAUGGUGAUCUGUUGCGCGGCUCUGAAUUGUUCCAACCGGCAGGGCAAAGCUCCUCGAGGCCGAGCGGCCGUCUCCUUCCACAGGUUUCCAUUAAAGGACUCAAAGCGACUGAUCCAGUGGUUAAAAGCAGUUCAGAGGGAUAAUUGGAUUCCCACCAAGUAUUCCUUUUUAUGCAGUGAGCACUUCACUAAAGAUAGCUUUUCAAAACGACUGGAAGACCAGCACCGACUGCUCAAACCCACAGCUGUGCCAACCAUUUUCCAGCUUUCAGAGAAAAGGGGAGAUAGCAGGGAUUAUGUCAAGAGGAGGAGGAAAAUAGUAAGCCAGCCUCUAUGCAGAGAUGACAGUCCACCAAAGGAAGGAAACUAUGAGGUAAUGGAAGGGAUCUUAUCUUCUGGCCAAGACUCGAUAAUGGAUGGGACUCAAGAAAUGGAGCAAGUGACUCUUCAAGCUGAAAUUGGGUCACUCUCUGAGCAGGGAGAGAAUUUCCAGGUCCAGCUUGAAGGCUCCCUUAGAAGAAUGCUAGCUGAUAACCUAGUCACAAAAGUGGCCCAGAAUAAGCCAGAGAAGCCUUCUGUAGAGGAUUGUUCCGAAAUGGUGAUCCAUCCUGGGAAUCUGAAAAUAGACCGAAGUGGUAUUUCAGAAGAUGAUUUCACACCUCCUGUUUCUGGGGCUUGCAAAUUUAUUGGCUCUCUUCACUCUUACAGCUUUUUCUCCAAGCACACUAGAGAAAAGUCAUCUUUUCCAAAGGAGCAACUGGAAAGGAAACGGUUAAGAAGAAGUGUUGAACCUAGCUGUAGUAAUAACACAGUGGAGCAGGAUGGAAGUUUAACAGAAACCUCCUCUACGUCUUCUCUUGCUGUUAUCCCCCAAGAACCUUCCCAAAGCCUGUCUGCAUCACCUGCAGAUUUGACUCCUAAGCCUGCAACAGAAGCUGUUGUAGGUCAGAAGGGAGACACUGAUGCCAAUCCCAUGUCAAUCAAUGAGGUCAUCAUGUCUGCUUCAGGAGCCUGCAAGCUCAUUGACUCCCUCCAUUCAUACUGCUUCUCCUCUAGACAUAGCAAAAGCCAAGUGUGCUGCUUAAGAGAGCAAGUGGAGAAGAAGAACGGAGAGCUGAAACUGUUGAGACAGAAGAUCAGCCGCUCUGACAGCCAAGUUAGAAAGUUGAAGGAGAAGCUAGAUGAACUGAAGAGGAUCAAUUUCCCAUUCCUGAGCAACCUGCUAUCUCAGGACUGUGAAACCCCACAGCUGAACCCUGUGAUUGAGCCUUUGUCCUGGAUGCUGGGUACGUGGCUGUCGGACCCACCAGGAGAUGGAACCUUCCCUACAAUGAAACCUUUUCAGUACCUCGAAGAAGUUCAGAUUUCUCAUGUGGGACAGCCCAUGCUGAAUUUCUCAUUCAACGCCUUCCAUCCAGAUACCAGGAAGCCAAUGCAUCGAGAAUGUGGAUUCAUCCGCAUCAAACCAGACACUAACAAGGUGGCCUUCAUCAGUGCUCAGAACACAGGUUUGGUAGAGGUGGAGGAAGGAGAGGUGAAUGGGCAGGAGCUUUCUAUAGCUUCCCAUUCUAUAGCAAGGAUCUCAUUUGCCAAGAAGCCCCACGUAGAGCAAAUUACUAGAAAAUUUAGGCUCAAUUCUGAUGGGAAACUAGAACAGACUGUCUCCAUGGCAACCACUACACAGCCAAUGACUCAGCACCUCCACAUUACCUACAAGAAAGUGACACCUUAAAACAAAGAUGAGUUGUUUUGUCAUAGAAGCGCCAAGGCAAACUGCUGACAGGGAAAGGAGGCAGCUUGGAAGAGGAACAGUGAUUUUUCAUCUUUUUGACCCAGUUCUCACCUGGCAGCAGGAUGGGGAGAAACCACAAACUGCAGUUACUGAAGGAAUUUACUCUGAGGUUUCUGUAAUGGUAGUUUACAAAAGUAAAGCCAAUAAAAAACCUUUAUUUUUAAGGGUGUGGCUUUGAAUGGUAUCAUGUUAGAAAUUACUCUGUAUUUGACAUUUGUUAAGAAAUUUUCAAAAUUCAUCAUUAUGAAGCAUAGAGAAUGAUGGUUGACUUCAUUUUUUGGAGUUUCCUUUUAGUGAUCUUAACAGCUUGCAUACAAGUCCAUAUGCAGAGGGUGGCCAUGGAUUUCUCUGAUCAGAUAGUUUAGAACUAGAACCUCUUUAAAAUUGUAGGUGUGGGUCUUAUCCUGUUAGCUUUAUACAUAUGAACAGUCCUUAGAUUCUGUGGUCAGAUUAAGUGUUCUGCAGUGUUUUCAGGAUCAGGCCCAUUGCUGUAGAAUCAAAUUUCUGUGGAACUGGGAUUAUCAUCCACUUUCUUAAUCCAUGGGUUUUGUGGUAAUUUGAGUUUGUCAUAGGUAUGUGACAGAAGCAACAGUAGAGGGGAAAAAUGAAUUGUCUUGUCUUGUAGGUUAAUAUCAAAUAUACUGUUACAGGUGGGAAAGACCACUAGAAACUUCAAAUGCUAAAUGACUGAUUUGCACAGUAUUUUGACAUUCUUGAAAUGUCCCUCUUCUUGGCCGUUUCCCUUCCCCUUCCAUAAAUGGGCUUCCUAGUUUCUCAAAAAACAGCAUUAAGGGGAAAAACUAGUCAUUCAUACCCCACUAAUUCCUUUUGCUUGAAUAGUUCACAAUCCCAAUUUAAGGCCUCAUUCUCUCUCCCCCCCCCUUCCAAUUUUGGCAUCUAAUAUCAAAUAUGCAAUAGUACAAAUUCAGCACCAGAGCUCCUUGAUUAAUUUCCUUUUAAUAUCCCCCUGACUGUUCUGUACUUCCUCCUGUUUGGAUUAUUGGGUUGGAGUUUAAAAUGAGGUUUUAAACCCCCAACUCAGCAAUCCAAAGAGGAGGAAAUAUAAAAUAAUGAAAUGAAUUAAGGAGCUCUGAUGUAGAUAUGUAGACCCAGGUGAUUCCUUAUAUGUUUAGAAAGCUGUUGACUCUGGUUAGCUGCUGUUUUUUUUUUUUUUUUUUAAGUGCAGUAGCAUUUAUUGAAUACUAUGCAACAAAAUGCUUGGAAUAAAAGCAUGUUAGAGAUUAUUUUGGGUGUCUCUUUAAAAACAGAUUCAUCAACUCCCAGGGAUCCCAGUAAGAUUUAUAAACUGCUGUUGGGAUAUUUUUGCAUACUUGACUGCCCUGUGUUUCAGUGAAUUGCUUGUACAGUCUUCAUGUUGCAUCAUCUGAAAGUGUUCAACUAUCAAAUGUGCACUGGGUUUUGUAUAGUAGAGUAGCUGAUAAACAUGAUCGGUCUACAACAUACCUUCUUUCCUAUUACAUCCUUUUUUGUAACCUUUGAGUUGCUUUGUUGAUAUAAGUAUUUUCUGAGGGCUGAUUUCUACACUGAAUGAUAUGCCAGGAUAUAGAAUGAAUGUCUGUGGUAUUGCUUUAGAUGUAGCCUAUGCUUUCUCUGCUACUGCAGAACUUCCAAAAGUGCAUAGAUAGUGGCACAGAAUAUGUGGAAUGAGUUUCAAGUGGACCAUAGUUGUAUAAGACAGUAUUAACCAACAUACCAAUUGGAGCUUGUGAACUACUCGCUUCUCUGAUAGGCUCUGAGGAAAUAGACAGAAAAGUUGAGAAUGAACAAGUGUCAGUAAAGUUGGCAAGAGUCACAGGGAAAUUCUUUAAUUUUCCUGUUAAAUUUGAUGACUGUGUAAGAAGCUGGGGGUGGGGGCUGUGGCUCAACUGUUACAUGUGGGGCUACUAUACUAAGCUAGAUGAACCAAUGGUCUGACUUGGUAUAAGGCAGGGGUGGCCAAUGGUAGCUCUCCAGAUGUUUUUUUGCCUACAACUCCCAUGUGCCCCAGCCAUUGGCCAUGCUGGCUAGGGUUGAUGGGAGUUGUAGGCAAAACACAUCUGGAGAGCUACCGUUGGCCACCCCUGGUAUAAGGUAGCUUAAUGAGCCCAAGAAUAAAUGAAACAUGCAUUGCAUUCCUACUCAAUUAUCCUGGUGAUGUUAAAAUCAGAAGCCUAUUGGGGGUGUUAGAGCAUAAAGUGACAGCCUGGACCCAAGAACUUCCUUCUGAAGUCUUCCUCCAGUGAGGUCUUCAGACAAUGUGAGAAGGUGCCUUACUUAGCAGAAGGGAAACCUUUAUUGUUUGCCACUAAUUUUCAACACUUCUACAUAAUUCUCCUUCCCAUUUUUGUCACGUGGGCACUCAGCAUUUGAGGAUCUUGGAAGGAAUGGUUAGCUUUGUGUACUUCCCCUGUCCUCCUCUAGCUCUCUGACGAAGAACGAAAGACUCAAUGGGGCUAGGGGAGACAUUCAGAUGUCUAAUUCCUCAUAUGACCUAAUGUGCUGAGUAUUUAUGUGGAACUGGGUGGGAGGGUGAAUUAAAGGGUGCUGUUAUUAUGCCUUAAGAGGAUCUCUCUUCCGCUAUUCCUAUGUGGAUAAGGCUUGUGCUGUGCCUUUCAUAUAGCAUAUCAGAGAACCUCCCAGUAAAAUACAGGACUAAUGUGGGGAGUUCAGAUUCAGUAUUGCCCAUUAGAAAUGUCUAGCAUUUUUUAAAUGAGAAAAUGAGAGUUCUGCUGACGCUUGAAUUCCAUUAAUCAACCCGUCACCCUGUCCCAUAUAUUGUGAUUGAUUCCUACAUAUGAAAUUGUUAGCGAUAAUAAAUUAUUACUAUUGUCUUUUGAAGAACAGGAAAUAUCAGUGUAUCUCAUAAAGCAUGCUUGAACUCUGGUGUGGGGAGUAGCCAAUGCCAAAUGCAUACUGUGUUUUUUAGAAUUUCUGUUAGAUGCCUGUGAGGAAAUAAAGUGGUUGGUUUUGGGUUCUUUUGGUAA